GUUGGGAACCCAAAAACAUCUCGGCCUCCAUUCACACUUCAUUCCAAGAAUUUCAGUGACGGCUUCAAAAUGAGAAGUUGAUGCCUUUGGCCGUUAUCUUCCAUCUGCUUUCAGGAAACAAAAUGGGGAAACAGAACAGCAAACUUGCUCCUGAAGUAAUGGAGGAUCUUGUGAAGAGCACAGAGUUUAAUGAGCACGAGCUGAAACAGUGGUACAAAGGGUUCUUGAAGGACUGUCCAAGUGGCCGGCUGAACCUGGAUGAAUUCCAGCAGCUCUAUGUAAAGUUUUUCCCAUAUGGAGAUGCAUCGAAGUUUGCCCAGCACGCAUUCAGAACCUUUGAUAAAAAUGGCGACGGGACGAUCGAUUUCAGAGAGUUUAUCUGUGCACUUUCCAUCACCUCCAGGGGAAGCUUUGAACAGAAACUUAACUGGGCUUUCAACAUGUAUGAUCUCGAUGGUGACGGGAAAAUUACAAGAGUGGAAAUGUUGGAAAUCAUAGAGGCUAUUUAUAAAAUGGUGGGCACGGUGAUUAUGAUGAAAAUGAAUGAAGACGGCCUGACACCCGAGCAAAGGGUAGACAAGAUCUUCAGCAAGAUGGAUAAGAACAAAGACGACCAGAUCACGCUGGACGAAUUCAAAGAAGCGGCAAAGAGCGACCCUUCCAUUGUAUUACUGCUUCAGUGUGACAUUCAGAAAUGAGCCGGCCCGCGGGGGCGCCUACGGACUGCACACAAGUUUCAAUGUUCCAUUCAGUUUGCAGCUAUUUCCACGACGAAAACAAAAUAAAAAUCGACAAAACCCCGAAAAAUAACAAAACGAAAAAAAAAAAAAAUUUUAAUUGCUUGGACUACCUAUAAAUGGACUUGCUUCUUGUGUUUGAAACACUCGUGUGCAUGAGAAUGUCAUUUGCUAAAGAAUUUUACGAAGUAUAUAAUAUAUAUAUAUAUAUAUAUAAAAACAAAAAAAAUUGACUGCCACAAUGUGAAGUGUGCAAUGUAAUUUCAUACCAGUCCCAUUCCCGGAAGCCUGUGCAUCAGUCUGUACUGCAUUUAACUAUUUAUUGUCCUACUGAUGCUCGCUCUGUCUCCUAUACUGUUAUUGGUAGUGACACUGAAUUCCAUGGCAAUGUAACUGUUUUAAUAGCCCAUCUCACCCGCUGUUAAGUAGUACGUGGGUGGACAGCGGGGGCCGUUUCUCCGCCCCCCUAGUGCUCUGCCCCUCCCCCCUGUGUGCUUGUGACGUCAGUGACUAUUAAUGUUUCCCAUCUUGCAUGCCCUUUAGGUUUGCCUUAAUUCUUACCUCAUUUUUGCAUCCUUUCGAUAUGGAAAAAAAGAGCCGUGUCCAAGGGAGCGAUUGGUGCAUCUGGCGCCGGCAGAAUAAAAGGGUGUGGCUGUGUAGACCGGUCGGCUCCAUCUGUAUGCAGUAUGAACAAACUCCCCCUAGGAAGAAAAACCCAAUAAGGUCCAGAUGAAGAUAUAUAUAUCGCUAUGUAUAUUUCACAGAUACCUAUAUGAGAAUAUAUACAGAUAAACUAUUGUUAUAUUGGGAGAGGAAACAGUAUUGUUUUUUGGGUCUUUUUUUUUGUGUAAUGAUAAUUUCUGCCUGGAUUUUCAAAAGAGGUUGCAAUAUACUGUAUGUCCCAGAAUAAAUACUUUCUAACAACUGACUCUCUCCAUCCACCCCCCCCCCCCCUUCCCUGCUCCGUGUUUCUCCAUCAAAGAUGGCGAACGCAUAUAUAUAUAUAUAACGUUUACUGGCCGAGCUUGCUUUAUGGCUAUAAAUGAUGACGCUUGUCUUACUGAAACAUACCUGUUUGUAUAUUUAAGGGGAAUGCAAUAUAGGCGACUUUGUUGUUG